UUCUGACUGACCUUGUAUCACUCUCUCAGUCAGAAGGAAAAUGUGGACUUGAGAGUUGGGAUUGAAUUUGAAGAGGUGUGCUGUUUGUAUAAAAGCUCCUUGAAUACAAGGCUGACACAAAGGACAACUGAAAGAGAGCAAGCUGCAACUAUUAGACCUCCAGCAAACAAACGUUAGAGACACACCAUGCAAGCCAUCCUUCUGCUCACCGUCAGCCUGUGUCUGGCUGCUGGAAGCUUGGCCAAAGAACCUCAUCCAUGCAAAUCCCCACCUUUGCUUGAAGGCAGUUUGGCACUGGCGAUCCUCAAGGAAAAAACUUUUGGAGUUGAGAGAUUUGCUUAUAAUGCUUUUGAUGAGAGGGUACAUGUACGAGUUCUUCUGGACAUAGAUAACAAGACCAUAUACAGCGACACCCUAAUUCUCUACAAAGAGGGUAUAGCUUUUGAAAUCUUCCGCCAUAACCAAACCUGUAAGAAGGUCCCCUUUAAGGAUCACUGGAAGCCAGUGGAGAUUCCAAAGGACGCCAAGUUCCAGUCCCAGGUGAUCAUUGGGAGCUUCUCGGCUCCUGGAGAUGGGCUGCUCGUCAACAACUGGUCAGGAGAAGUGGCAGAGUCUCCAGUCAAAUAUCUCAUCACGUUCACGGAGUUUGGUUGCCUGCCUGUUCACGGCUGGUAUGACAUGCCGGACCAAACCCUUCUAAGCAUGAGUUUCUAUGACAUUGUGAUUGGAGUCGAGGACCCGGACAUUUUCAUCCCUCCUUCUUUCUGUGACAAAGUAGAGCUGAACAGCGACCGUGAAACCACCAGUUUAUUUGAUGCCCUCAUGAGAUCAUUGUGAUGCAGUAGAUUUCCUAUACAUCCUCAUUAUAAUAGUUUAAGUAAUUAAGGAAUGGACUAUUAUAACCAUAUUUUGACUGCUUCAUUUGACUGUGUUUAAUCUUGAUGGCAUUGGAUGUUAAACAAGCUAAAUGACUUCAGAAUGUUAAGUAAGACCUAAUCACUAGCCCACAUGAAUGUUCUCCAUAAGGGAUUAUACAUUAUACCUACCAGAAAUAUAAACAAUUUUGACAUCUAGGUAGACCUAUUUAUGUUAUCUGAGAUUGCAUGAGUUCUUUGUAAAAAUCUACAUGAAAAAACUACAUGACUCCACUUGAAAUGUUAUCCUUACUUCUAAAUAAAGAGUUCUACCAUUUCAGUUAA